CAAAAGUGCUACACCAGUAAUGCUAACCAGCUGUAUAGCUAGUCUCGCCGGUUGCUGCUGACACUCAAUCACGUAGCUUGUUACUGGAACUAUAAUUUUGUUCACUAGUACAGAGCUGAAUGACAGUGACUGUGCUGCCGAUGUGUCACUGUUUUGUACAAAUUUCAUGCAGCUGAGACGCUAAAAUGAGAGAAGGAGUUUGUGUCUUGUGACUCAGCUCUUGUGUAGCCAUGGAGAAGCCCUGGAGGCUGUGGGGGGCGAUGGAGCGCUGUACUCUGACUCUGGCCUCCUGGUCCUGGGGUGCCUGUCGAGUGUCUCUUUUGGCCCUCAUCCUUACCUUCCACCUGUAUGGAGGGUUUUUUCUCCUUGCACUCAUCCUAGCAUCCGUGGCGGGAAUCCUCUACAAAUUCCAGGAUGUUCUCCUCUACUUCCCCGACCAGCCCUCCUCCUCUCGCCUUUAUGUUCCCAUGCCAACAGGAAUCCCACACGAGAAUGUGUACAUUCGCACCAAAGAUGGUGUGAAGCUAAACCUCAUCCUUCUCCGUUACACAGGAGGGGACUCACCUCCUGGAGUCACCUCUGGCAAUCAAAGCAGCCCCACUUCCUCUGCUCCACCUACCAUCCUUUAUUUCCAUGGUAAUGCAGGUAAUAUUGGUCACAGGGUGCCAAACGCCCUGUUGAUGCUGGUCAAUCUAAAAGCUAACGUGGUGCUGGUGGACUAUCGUGGCUAUGGAAAAAGCGAGGGGGAGCCCAGUGAGGAUGGGCUGUACCUGGAUGCAGAGGCCACACUGGACUAUGUGAUGACCCGUCCUGAUCUGGACAAGACAAAGGUGGUACUCUUUGGUCGCUCAUUAGGAGGGGCUGUGGCCGUGCGCUUGGCAUCAGUCAACCCUCACCGUGUAGCAGCCAUUAUUGUGGAGAACACCUUCCUCAGCAUCCCCCACAUGGCAGCAACGCUCUUCUCCUUCUUGCCCAUGCGCCUGCUGCCCUUAUGGUGCUAUAGGAAUCAGUUCCUGUCCUAUCGGCAGGUGGCGCUGUGCCGCAUGCCUUCGCUGUUUGUGUCUGGUCUGUCAGACCAGCUCAUCCCACCAGUUAUGAUGAAACAACUGUAUGAGUUGUCUCCUGCGCGGACUAAACGCCUGGCUAUCUUUCCAGAGGGCACGCACAAUGACACGUGGCAGUGUCAGGGCUACUUCGCUGCUUUGGAGCAGUUCAUGAAAGACCUGCUGAAGAGCCAUGCCCACGAGGAGAGCGCUCAGCCCUCAGCUAGUGUCACCAUUAUCUGAAAAAUCUGUCAGAAAAUAACUGUUAGCUACAGAUGAUGGGCUGGAUGAAGUAAACUGAUUGGAGGGACUUCAUUGAAUUUUGGAAAGAAUGUACAUUUUUUUAAGCUUUUGUCUGGGUUUGUAUUUUAUUUCACUCUUUUUACCUUUCUGUAAAUUUACCAUGUUUUCACUAUUUUAAGGGUUUGAGAGAGGCUAACGAUGCCCUCCUGAGUUCUUUUGUGUUUCAGCUAUGAAUGCAUGUAUUUAUGACCUUUUAUGAAUGAAGCCAGAGCAUACAUGCCCACACCACAAGACAUGUCACAGCCACAGAAGAAUUUGCUGUCGUGAGUCUGCUGAAAUUAAUCAAAAUAAAUUAAACAGGUUGUCAUAGUAUCGUGACCAUAUAAGGGCCUAUUGUUCUUCAGCGAAAAAUUGAUUAUUACUGGAGUUAAAAUUACAAGUCUUCUGAUAUACAAAAUUAAACACUGACAAUAUGUAGGAUACUGUAAAUAUAUAUAUCUUUGUUAAUACAUUGCACUUUUCUGUCCAGGUUUGCCUGUGUUUGAUUGUGGACUAACAUCUUCUGAGCAAUACUUUGAGGAGCAUAAGCAGUGUUUUUUUCCUCUCCCCUUUAGGCAAGAAACAUUAAUAUACAUGUGCUGCAGUCUUGCAUAUCCUGUCAUUGUAGUGAUUAAUAUUUCUGUAUACCUUUGAAAGUUUUGUCUGCAACAAUAGCAUAAAGCUUACUGUUGAAUAAUUGUGUUCAGCUACAAAAGUGUUCGCUGGGAUGAAGUGGUCAGGAAUGUAAGGUGACAUGUUGGAUACUUCUGCCUUUCAAAAAGAACUUUUUUUUGUCAGACUGCUUCUGUUUCUUUGGGCUUAGAAUAAGCUUUUCUCCCUGGUAUCAUGUCUGGUUACAAUACAAUUAGCACACAUGCUAAUCUUUUUUUUUCAAUAGGCUGCAGUUGCUACAGCAUAAAUUUGAUUUCUCUAGCUUUUUUAAUGAGCUUUUGCUCUGUGUGGUUUGUUAUUUACAGAUAAGUUCAGAUUUCUUUAAGGCUAUCUUGAUGCAGUGCUACAGUUCAUGUCAGUGUACUGAAAGAGUUACUGGUUGCUGUAAUCCCUACUGACCAUUAGAGUAAAUCCAGAUUAAGAAACAAAAUAUACAGUCUCUGAUUUUGUACAUACAGUUCUGCCAGUAAGAUAAUAUAGGGCUUCAGUAGUCUGAGUAAUACAAUGAUGCUGGUAUAUUCCAGAAUGCUUUAUUGAGAAAGAAAGAAAAAUCACCAUGUUACUAUUACUGUCUACUGUAGAUCAACAAGAAACUCCGGUCUGGCAUGUUCCAUAAAAGGGAAUUUCUCAGAAAAAGUACUGGACUAAAAUAAGUAUAUGUCUAAGUCGGAAUGCUAAAACCUGGAAUACCCUCGGAUACCUGCAGAAACAGAAAGUAAAACAUUUGCUGAAAACUGGCCUUAGUUGCAUAAGGGAGGGAUUUCUGAAUGGUCUGUACAGACAAAAAAGAACAAUUAACACGACAAAUAGUUAUUUCAAGGUACAUAUUCAGUAUAUGGAGGUGUGAGUAUAGUAUUAAGAUAGUUUGGAAAAAAUCGGAGCCUGUCCUUUGAGAACUAGGAAUAAAGUGUGAGCGUUUUUAAUCAAAUGUUGUGUUUAUUUGAAAGCUUUUUAUCAUCAGCACUGUAAUUGUGAAUUGGAGGAUUCUGUCACACCAUGCUAGUGUGGCAAAAUGGCUUUACUCACUUGGAGGGCUUUUAAUGAGCUAAUUAACCUUUCCUGCAUGUCUUCCACGGGGUGGAGCAGAGUCUGACAAUUAAAACACUAUUAUCUGCUCUUGCUUUUCUAAAUGCAGCACACUGCACUGCAGUGAUAUGAAAGCCAUUUGAAUACACUCAACAGAUCUCUUUAGCCAUAUUUGAUACUGUUAGUCAACAGUAUGCAAAACAAAAUUUGACGACACCAAAAGACGAAAUUGUGUGCGUCAACGUGACGACAACUUGAAAAAUGGUGUAAAGGCUACUGUGAAUGUAAAUGGUGGUCUUAAAUUAACAUGCUUUAUAAAAAUUGUGUAAUUAUAUUCUUUUCUCCCUUU